AUGCCGUCAACACCACUUUCAGAUGAUAUGAGCAAAGUGUCAAGUGAUGAGAAUGACAGAGAUGCUAAUUCUAAAGAGAAAGUGUUUAAUCUUAAUCAGUGCAUUUCGAGGGGCUUUCCAGCGAGUGGAUCUGAUGGUGGAUCAAAUAUGUUAUUCAGUAAUGGUGUAUUGAGGGCUGCAAUGGCAAAUGACGGGAAGCCAAAAAAAGUUAUGUUGAAGGUUGGUGGUUUGACGCACACAAUUCAAAACAAAUCCAGUUCCAAUGGUGCAUCAAGUGGUGGGUCUUCGGCUAAGAUCGAUCAAUUGUCAAACAGUGGUCAGGAAAAUUCUCAUCGUGAUCAUUCUACAUCACUAGAUAAGAAAAGUAGUUUGCAAGGAAUCCCAUGGAAAAAUUUCCCCCAAGGUGGCUUUAGUCUUGGGAAGGAGGACAUCAAAAGUAUGCCUGCAAAAAAUGCCUUUGAGAAGCAAGGGGAGAAGUUGGAACCAGUUCGUAAGAGUAAGAGGGCUCCUAAGAGACGUGUUUUGGAUGAGGGAUUUGAUGAGGAGGAUGAUGAUGCUGAGAUUCGGUACCUCGAGAAACUGAAGAAUGCAAAGGUUGGAGGAUAUAAAUAUUUGGGGACUAAAUCAACAAAAAACCAACAUAGUCUUUCAAGGGUCUAUGAGAAAUCCAAUUCUGAGAUAGUGCUGGAGGACACUGAUUAUGAGGAGGAUGAACUAUUGUCUGAAGAUGAGCCUGAGGGUAAGAAGAAGAAAAAACAAAAGAAAGAUCUCUCAAAUUUACAAACAGAAAGCAAGAGGGAGAUGACUCACACAACUCGCCAACGGGCCCUUUUAUCCAGCAAGGAUGCCUCCUCAUCUGGCGCAAGUAAAAUCGAGUUCCCAGAUGGUUUACCACUGCCUCCACCUCGAAAGCAAAAGGAGAUACUGUCAGUAGUCGAGCAACAAAUGAAGAAAGCAGAGGCCUCUCAGAGGCGUAAAAUCCACAAUGAGAAAGUGGCUCGGGAGUUGGAGGCAGAGGCAAUCAGAAAAAUUCUUUCUCAAGAUUCUACCAGGAAGAAGCGAGAAGACAAAAUGAAGAAGCGCCGGGAAGAGUUGGCACAGGAGAAGGUUGCAAAUGCAAAGACACUUGCAUCAAAUACAAUUAGAUGGACUAUGGGGUCUGCUGGUACCAUUGUUACUUUCCCAGAAGAUAUGGGUUUGCCUAAAUUUUUUGACUCCAAGCCCCUCAGCUAUCCUCCUCCACACGAAAAGUGUGCUGGCCCUUCUUGUACAAAUCCUUACAAGUACCGGGAUUCCAAGUCGAAGCUUCCUCUUUGUAGUCUCCAAUGCUACAAGGCAAUUCAUGAAAAAAUGCAAUCUGAGAAGGCCUGCUAA